UUGAGUAUCCCCAAAUCUUUCUACCCUGACCCGACCUUUUAAUUUGCUCGAGUCUCUCUAACCAGCCUAAAUUUUCUGGACAAGUGCCCCACCAUAAUCACAGAGCAACCUACCUUUUUAUUUCGUUGAUUUUGCCCUCAAAUCGUGUUACUGUUUGUAUUGCUAUGCAAUCUAUAUAUCUUUUCAAUGGAAAACAAUGGUGAUGUGAGAGAAGGCAAUAUCAAAGUGGAAGAUGUUAUAUCGAAGCUCAAAGACGACGGAGAUUUUGAUAGACUCCGUGUUAAAAUUGUCCGUAAACUCAAAGAAAAUGAAGAGUUGCGAAACAAUAUCAUAUCAAUGGUAAAGAAAUCAGCGGCACUUAACCAUCCAGGUGCCGAAAAUAUGAAACCACGGCAACUUUCUGAUGCCAUACAUAAAGAGAUUGGGGAAAAAGUCAUGAGCCAAAUUUCCGAUGGUGUCUGGAACAUAAUUAGAUCUGGGCAUGGCAUGAAAACAGAGAUAGUUGAAACAGUGCAAUCAGUUUACAAUAAAUUAUCAAACCCAGGAGGAAAUGACCAUUGGGAGACAUCUUCUCACGUUGAUUUGCAGCCUGUUGGUAAGACACUUGAGAAUAAUGUGCAUGCUAUUGUUUCAAUCAAUGAUAUUGAUGCUACAGUGACCAAUGGUGAGCAAAAUGAACCACCAGGGUUUUCGUUAAGUGAUCAAGAUCAGAGUAAGAAGAUCGACAAUGUGCAGAAACCAAAUGAUAAGCUGGGGAUUCCAACGAUUCAUAAAGGAAAAGAAAUAAAAGAAGUAAAAGAAGGAAACUCUUGCUCACCGGCUAAAUCGGAGCCCGGCAAUUUGGAGUCUGGUCCUCCACCUGGAUUUUCUUCUAUUCUGGAGCAUAAGCAGUCAGGUUAUCCUAACGAUGAAGAUCCUGAUGUACCUCCAGGAUUUGGUUGAGGAGUCAACAUGCAGCUCCAGUUUCCGUAGUUGAAUAGAAGCCCAUUGCCUACCUGAUGGUAUGUGGGUGAACGUUCCUGAUAUGAGGCCGGAUCAAUUUUUUAUUCCAAAAGUCGGAAUGGGAUUUUUGCAUCAACUAUGAAGGAAGGUUCGGGGAUAAGUUUAUGAUGUAAUCUGAGAAAUCAUCUUGUCAUCAAAAUUCUGUAUAAAAUUGGAUGCAUUUCUUUAGUAGAUUUUGAUAAAAGUUGAUAAAAUUAUAAUUGAAAAGUUGUGGAUACUAUGAAAUGCGUGGUUAAAAUUA